UCACGCCCCGCCCUGGCCAUUGGGGUUGGGAGGUGAACAGAGGCCUGGUCGGGGGGCCGAAGUUCCUGGUCUGAGAGUUGCUUGGUCUGGGGCCAGGCACUCACUUCUUAGCCUUCCGGUCCGUGUAUCUACGGGUCUGGGCCCAAGCCCGGGCUGGAGUAGGCCACUCUCGAAAGACAUAUAUAUACACCUCGACGAGACCCGUCUCCAUCCAACUUCUUAAUCCUCCAACCCGCUCAACCCAACCAUCUCUGCCAUUACUUCUCCGGUCUCUCCAGCACGUUUUCCAACAUGUAUGCCAAGUUCGCUGCUCUCGCCGCCCUCGUGGCCACUGCCACUGCCCAGCAGGCAUGCUCUCUCACCACCGAGACUCACCCUUCUCUGAAGUGGUCCAAGUGCGCUGCCGGAGGUAGCUGCAGCUCCGUCAGUGGUUCCGUCACCAUCGACUCCAACUGGAGAUGGCUCCACCAGACCAACAGCGAGACCAACUGCUACACUGGUAACCAGUGGAACUCGACUUACUGCGCCACGGAUGCCGACUGCGCUGCCAAGUGCUGCCUCGACGGCGCCGACUACGCCGGCACCUACGGUGUCACUACCACCGGCGACUCCAUGUCGCUCAAGUUCGUCACCACCGGUCCCUACUCCAAGAACAUUGGCUCCCGCAUGUACCUCAUGGAGUCGGACACCAAGUAUCAGAUGUUCACUCUCCUUGGCAACGAGUUCACCAUGGAUGUUGAUGUCUCCAAGAUUGGAUGCGGCCUGAACGGCGCUGUCUACUUCGUCUCCAUGGACGCCGAUGGUGGUCUGUCCAAGUACUCCACCAACAAGGCCGGUGCCAAGUACGGUACUGGUUACUGCGACAGCCAGUGCCCGCGUGACCUGAAGUUCAUUAACGGUCUUGCCAACGUCAAGUCCUGGAACCCUUCCAGCAACGAUGAGAACGCUGGGUUCGGCGACCGUGGCAGCUGCUGCUCCGAGAUGGACAUCUGGGAGGCCAACAACAUCGCCACUGCCUACACUCCUCACCCUUGCACAACUAUCGGCCAGUCCAUGUGCACCGGCAAUGGCUGCGGCGGCACCUACGGCACUGACCGGUAUGCUGGCGUGUGCGAUCCCGAUGGAUGCGACUUCAACAGCUACCGCAUGGGCGACAAGAACUUCUACGGCCCUGGCAUGACCAUUGACACCAAGACCAAGCUCACCGUUGUCACCCAGUUCCUGAAGGGCUCUGAUGGCAACCUGUCCGAGAUCAAGCGGUUCUACGUCCAGAACGGCAAGGUCAUCCCCAACUCCGAGUCCAAGAUCUCCGGUGUUACUGGCAACUCCAUCACUCAGAAGUUCUGCGAUGCCCAGAAGGUGGCCUUCGGCGACAACGACUCCUUCAAGAACAAGGGCGGCCUCGCCCAGAUGGGCAAGGCCCUCGCCCAGCCCAUGGUCCUCGUCCUGUCCAUCUGGGACGACCACGCAGCCAACAUGCUCUGGCUCGACUCGACCUACCCCGUCGACAGCAACAAGCCCGGUGCCGCGCGUGGCAGCUGCCCCACCACCUCGGGCGUUCCCAAGGAUGUCGAGGCCCAGGCCCCCGGCUCCACCGUCGUCUACUCCAACAUCCGCUUCGGUCCCAUCAACUCGACCUUCAGCGCUGGCGGCACCGGCACCAACCCCAACCCCCCGACCACCACCACCAACCCUCCCAACAACGGUGGCGGCAAUGGCGCCACCGCCGGCCACUGGGAGCAGUGCGGCGGUAUCGACUGGAAGGGAGCCACCAAGUGCGCUAGCGGGCUCAAGUGCACUGUCCUCAACGACUGGUACUACCAGUGCCUGUAAGCGGCCGCAGUUGCGGCGGCGAUGGCGCGGGAAGAACUUGAGCCCCGUACGUCGGGGCCAGCUUCCGAAGGGGCCGGGAACAGCAGCACCUUGAGACGAAUCAAGCUGCGUCGCCGGCCGGCGAGUAUGACGGAUCGGGUCACAGGGGAGGAAAAAAGAUAAAACACACUUGCAUGGCAUCGUGUGAUCCUCGGGGGCUUUCGAUUUCGCAUGCUUGGCAGAUUCAGCUGUACAUAUUUUCAGUCUUGGAUGGGGGGAUUCCUUCCUUCGUAUAUACACUUUUGCAUCC